UCCCCGAGCGGUCCCCUGCGUCUGUCUGCGGCUGAUUAUCUCAUCCAUCUAGCAUGUUUACUCAUUUCUACGCAAAUUAACUUGAACUUAACACAUUUUUUUCAGCAGCUACGUAACUUUGUGCGGGUUGUUUACCGGGAAGUGGGGCGGUGCUGUGCUGUAACUUUAACCAAACUACUACCAGGUUAGCUCUAUGCUAACUUUGUUGUUUGUGGGUGAGAAGGGGUGCUCGGCUAACUAACCUUGCCGGGUUUGUCGCGUCUGUGCCGGCGGACGGGAAACUCAUCCGUCCCCGCGUGACUAGAAGGACAAGUCAACCUUUAGUGAGCUGUUGACAUUUUUCACAGAGUGCGCUCGCUUCUCACAGCCGAGGAGGACGUAGUCAUUCUCUUCUCCAACGCUGCGCUGAGAAAACACAUGCCACUGCCCACCGCGGCUCGUGCGCCAUUGCUGCUCCCGGUGAAGAAAACGAGCGCACCGUUCUCCCAUAAGCACACACAGUGGCGUUCACAAUGUGGCGGGGUGUUAGUAAACGUCUCCACCGGUUGACUCAGCGACAUCACGGUUUGAUCGCGAAAGUGUGCAGCCAGCAGCUGUGCAGCAGCAGCAGUGAGUUUACAGAUGGCUGCUAUGAUGGGCUGUAUCCCGGACACAUUCCCACCACCCACAUCCAGAAAGCCCUGCUGGCUGUUGGGUCAGGUGUGGCGGCACUACAGGACCCCUACAGACAUGACAUGGUUGCGGUGCUCGGAGAGACGACGGGAAACCUAGCGUUGUUAAAACUCAGGGACAGGAUGAGAAAUGACCCUGAAGGCUACACAAUCCUAACAGAACGGCCCAGGAUCCGACUUUCCACACUUGAUCUGACCACAAUGGCCUCGCUGCCCAACGGCUCCUUUGGGAGAGAAUACCUCCGUUUCCUGGAGGACAAUCAUGUGACCCCUGACUCGAGGGCAGACGUGAAGUUUGUGGACAACGAGGAGCUUGCUUACGUCAUGCAGAGAUACAGAGAGGUCCAUGAUUUGUUGCACACCUUACUGGGCAUGCCUACAAACAUGCUGGGUGAAGUGGCAGUAAAAUGGUUCGAAGCCGCUCAGACAGGGCUUCCCAUGUGCGCCCUCGGAGCUGUGCUGGGGCCAACUCGGCUAAGCACAAGACGUUUGCAGAUGCUGUUCACGUCUCUGGGGCCCUGGGCUCUUCAGAAUGGUCAGAGGGCCCGAUGCGUCCUCAGCGUCUUUUACGAGAGACGGUGGGAGCAGAACCUCGAGGACCUCCGGCAAGAGCUCAACAUUGACCCACCCCCAGUUAUACCAAGUGCAUCCAAACAGAGAAGCACCUGAGAAAAAAAGUGGAUGAAUCACCUGCCAAAAGACUUUUAAACAGACAAACCAUAAAUAUUUGGAGUGUGACUGUGACACUGGAUGUUAAAUAUAAACUACUGAGGAAAUGGGGAAAUUUCACACUUGGCAAACACUGGCUUGUUCCUUUUUACAUUACAAAUAUAUCUGCCUUGGCAUCAAGUCUAUAUAUAUAUGAAUGAAACCAUUCAAACUGAUGAAGCGUGACAGCAGGUCUGGUUCAACAGGCCGCACUCAGUCACCAUCUGUUGUUAGCAUAUAUAUUUUCAUAAUGUUUUUCUGUUUUUAGCAUAAAAAUAAAUGUAGAACUGAAUGAUCUGUAAUUAUGCACUUACAUACACCCAUAUACUGUCUUCAGCUUUGAAAUAUAAUGUUAUUACAACAGUUCUUUAAUUUAUCCCAACAAUUAGCCAGAUGUGACAUGUUUGUGACCUUUUUCUUCUUUAAUAGUUAUCGUGUUAUUGAGAAACCGAACAAUGUGCACCUGCAAUUGUGUAAAUACCCCUGGAUGGGAAGGGAGCAGCUGCUUCCGUUAUGGUUAGACUCACUAUGUU